AUGGAUUCUACUAUUGAAGUUUUCAACGGAAUCUACCCCCUGUUUCUAAACACGAGCAUAACGACGUCUCACAUCCUCCUGGGCCAUCGAGGCACCCCGGGCAUCAGCAGCCGCCAGUAUAGCGUCGUCGUCGACGACAAUAUGCGCAUCUGGCUGCAUGACCGCUACUCAACGCAUGGGACCGCGGUCGGAUACAACGGGCAGAACGAGAAGGAGAUACGUCUAAAUGAGACGUUGAUCCUGGCGUUUGAUCCCGGCGCGGAGAGUUCUUUUCGCCUCAUCACCGUUGCCUCGGGCGGUCUCGCCAUCCGCAUCGAGUUUUCCAACCACCAAGGCAAAGAGGCACAGUAUAUUGAGAACCUACGCGCACUUAUUAAGAAAGCCAAGGAAGACGAGGUUCCGGGCCUUUAG